AUAAAUAUCGGCGUUCGUGCUCGGUACAAGGACACAUCUCCUCUUUGUGGCAGUUCCAAGUGAGCAGAUCAUCCUCACAUUGCGAGCUGUCGUCAGUUUCCUCAUUGGUGCCCUCCAUGGAUAGGCUCGUCGCCGCCGGCAUCCUUGGCUUUCUACUGAUUGCGUCGGUAGGAAGCCAUGCCCAUGCAGCUCGUGCUCCGGAGCAAUACUGGAAGUCUGCUCUUCCCAACACCCCUAUGCCAAGCUCCCUCUCUCAACUCCUAAACAAUCAAGCCGGAGGCACGUCGGUGAACGUCGGCUGGGGCGGUGUCCAUGUCGACGCGGGUCAUGGGAUGCCCGGCGGCACGACGGUCGAUGUUGGCAAGGGUGGCGUCGGCGUCAACGUCAAGCCUGGCAGCGCCAAGCCCGGCGGGACUACGGUCGGCGUCGGCAAGGGCGGCGUGGGUGUCAACGUCAAGCCUGCCUACGGCAAGCCCGGGGGCACAACCGUGGGCGUUGGCAAGGGCGGCGUGGACGUCAACGUCAAACCUGGCAGCGGCAAGCCCAGCGGCACGACGGUCGGCGUUGGCAAGGGCGGCGUGGACGUCAACGUCAAACCUGGCAGCGGCAAGCCCAGCGGCACGACGGUCGGCGUUGGCAAGGGCGGCGUGGACGUCAACGUCAAACCUGGCAGCGGCAAGCCCAGCGGCACGACGGUCGGCGUUGGCAAGGGCGGCGUGGACGUCAACGUCAAACCUGGCAGCGGCAAGCCCAGCGGCACGACGGUCGGCGUUGGCAAGGGCGGCGUGGACGUCAACGUCAAACCUGGCAGCGGCAAGCCCAGCGGCACGACGGUCGGCGUUGGCAAGGGCGGCGUGGACGUCAACGUCAAACCUGGCAGCGGCAAGCCCAGCGGCACGACGGUCGGCGUUGGCAAGGGCGGCGUGGACGUCAACGUCAAACCUGGCAGCGGCAAGCCCAGCGGCACGACGGUCGGCGUUGGCAAGGGCGGCGUGGACGUCAACGUCAAACCUGGCAGCGGCAAGCCCAGCGGCACGACGGUCGGCGUUGGCAAGGGCGGCGUGGACGUCAACGUCAAACCUGGCAGCGGCAAGCCCAGCGGCACGACGGUCGGCGUUGGCAAGGGCGGCGUGGACGUCAACGUCAAACCUGGCAGCGGCAAGCCCAGCGGCACGACGGUCGGCGUUGGCAAAGGCGGCGUGGGCGUCAACGUCAAGCCUGGCUACGGCAAGCCCGGCGGCACCACGGUCGGAGUAGGGAAGGGAGGCGUCGGCGUGAACGUGAAGCCUGGCGGCGGCACCACCGUCGGCGUCGGGAAAGGUGGCGUCGGCGUUAACGUGAAGCCUGCAUACGGCAAGCCUGGUGGCACCGGCACCACCGUUGGC